AUCGAUCAAAAGUUCAAUACCGAUCUUAAUUUCUUAUAUACAUACAUACAUGCACAUAUCAAACAUUACCAAGAACCGCAAGUUCGUUUUCCCCUCUAAAUGGCUACCUGCAGAAUGCCAAUAUCAGCUCAGAGUCUUUUCCUUCUAAUGUACAGGCAACAAAUUGAUAAACACACAAUGCAGGUGUGCAUGAAGAAGAAGAAGAAGGAUGAAAACGUACGCUACAGAACCCACAAUCACAAGAAAAUCAUGUCAUCGAUUAUCACUAAUUCAAUUAUUGAACAAGAUCCUACACCAUCAGAUACAAUAACACAGUUCUACAAAUGCAUAAAUGAAAAGAAUAUAAAGCAACUAGAAAACUACAUUUCAAACGAUUGCUUCUUCGAAGACUAUUCGUUUUCCAAUCCAUUCAAAGGCAAACAGGAGGUUCUACGUUUUCUUGAUCAGCUAAUCACGGGAAUGGGCCGAAACGUAGAGUUUCAUGUUGCUCAUAUUUAUGAAGAUGACGAUGAUCUAACAGCUGGUGUCAAUUGGCAUCUGGUGUGGAAGAACAGGCAGGUGCCCUUUACGAGAGGCUGUAGUCUCUACAGAUUAACAAGAGAAGGAAAAGGAUUAAUGAUCAGGAAAGCACAAGUUUUUGUUGAGUCCCCAAUUAAACCAGGAGAUUUGUUCCUGAUUCUGUUGAAGAUUGUGACUUCGUUAUUUGAUGCUUUUCCAGAGGCUACCGAAUGGUUCUUUCGGAGUCAACAUUUCAUAGUGCAAAUAUUGUUGAAGGCUUACUGUAUAUUUAUAGUUCCGUUCAUAAGCCCGAUACUUUCUUUCUAUGUGAAUCUUGGGAAACUGAUUGUGAGGUUCGUGAGCAUAGCGUUAAAGAUAUUCGAAUACUGCUCGAGAUUAUUUACAACAGGCGAAAGUGCACGAGCGGUGGUGGAUUCCCGAAAGAAAUAA